AUGAGCAUAGACGAUCCCGCCGAGAUGAUGCGCGUGUUACAACAGAAAAUGGACGAGAUGCAGCAGCGUCAUGAGGAGGAAAUGGCGGCCGUAAAGGCCGACUGCGAAGCCCGGAUAGCCCGGGAGCUUGGACGAACAGACGGGGGAGAGCGAGCGACGGAUAAAGGGAAGGGGGUGGAAGGAGAUGGCCCGCCCCCCGAAACCGAGUACGAUAGGACCUGGAGGCCCUCCGGGUCCGAGGCAGAGGGCAGCAAGGCUAAGUCGGUGCAUGCUGAGAGCGCCGCCGAAGAUGGGCGAAUGGUAGUUAAGUCGGAGCCUUCAUCCACCUUGCUACUUCCGUUCACCCAGAACAUAAUGAAUGUCCAGAUCUCGGAGCAAUUCAUGGCUCCGCAGUUCAAAAUGUAUAACGGGACAACGGACCCCGCGUCCCAUAUCCAGACAUUCUCGAACGCGAUGGCGUUCCGAACCGGCAAUGACGCCAUUUGGUGCCGAGCAUUCUCGCUCUCGUUAGAAGACGAAGCACUGGAAUGGUUCAACACCCUCCCUCCUAAUUCUAUAGAAAACUUUGCCGGAUUGAAACAACUAUUCAUCAAACAAUUCGCGGCCAGCAGCACUCAAGAUUUGACCGUUUUCGAAUUGAUGACCCUCAAGCAGGGAAAGGACGAAACAUUACGGACGUUUAUGGAUAGGUACCAGAAGACUGUCCGUCGUGUCAAAAGCCUGACCCCCGAACUCGCCCUUCACUAUAUCCUGCCCGCCCUGAAGCCGGGACCGUUCAAGGAUAGUGUCUGCAGGCGUGCUCCGAAAACAAUGGAGGAACUGAGGGAGAGAGCAGCUGACGAGAUAAGGGUGGAGGAGAUGAAACUCUCCUACAAAAAAGAGAAUCAAGAAGUGAGAGGAGAAAAGCCGGACAGUAAUAAAACCGGUUCAUCGACGAGGAAAACCUUCGGCCUUAGACCCGGGGAGCAGAAGAAAGGACCCCGAUUCCAGCAGUAUACCCCUUUGAACGCCUCAAGGGAGAGAAUUCUCCGAGAGGCCCUGAACGCGGAGCUGAUAACGGAGCAUGAAGGGCUCCCGACUUCGAAGAACGCUGACCGGAGCAAACAUUGCUCCUACCACAAAAACAUGGGUCACAGCACCGAAGAGUGCUGGACCCUCAAAGACAAAAUAGAAGAACUCAUCCGGGCGGGAAAGCUCAAGAAAUACGUCCGAGACGAGCGCCCGCCGCAACAGACUGAACGGCCCGCCCAAAGACCGGCCUACCGAAAGGAUAAGCCGCGGAACCCAAGAGCAGAGCGACCCCGCUCGGAGAGGCGCCCCAGCCGAAGCCGUAGCAGAGAACGCCCCCUGAGGGGGCAUAUCAAUACCAUUUUCGGAGGAUUCGCGGGAGGAGGAUCAUCUUCCUCCGCCCGUAAGCGCCAUAUCCGGGCUCUCCAUUCCGUCCAUCUGGUCGAUAAGCCGCGCCGCUCCAUGCCGGCUAUCACCUUCUCGGACGAGGACUUUCACGCCCCCGAUCCCGACCAAGACGACCCAAUGGUCAUAACAGCAGAAAUAGCACGUUACGGGAUAAGAAAAGUCCUGGUUGAUCAAGGAAGCUCGGUCAACAUCCUCUACUGGAAGACUUUCCUGCAAAUGGACAUCUCGGAAGAUCUGAUCGUCCCCUACGAUGGGAAGAUAGUGGGGUUUGCGGGAGAGAGAGUCGACACGAGGGGAUACGUGGAAUUGAGGACGAGGUUGGGGAUCGGGCGAGCAAGCGAGGAGAAGAGAGUCCGGUAUCUGUUGGUGGAAGCUAGCACGUCAUACAACGUACUGCUCGGAAGGCCGUGCUUAAACGCUUUUGGAGCGAUUGUCUCUACACCCCACCUCACGAUGAAGUACCCCUCUGAGAAGGGAACUAUAUGCACGGUCCGGGCGGACCAGAAGACGGCGCGAGAAUGCUACGCAGCGGGUUUGAAGUUGCAAGUCCGUCCAGUGAAAAGACGGGCGGCUGGUUCUGAGGUAGCCAUGGCCGACCUCGACCCGAGGACGAACACCGAGGACCGCCUGGAACCUAUUGGGGAAACCCAACCUAUCUUAAUAGGAAGGGAACCCGCUCAGACCACCCUCAUCGCCAGGAAGCUGAAUCCUGAGAUAGAAAAGGAGCUGAGGACACUCCUAUGGAAAAACAGGGAUUUGUUUGCAUGGACGGCGGCGGAUAUGCCGGGCAUCCAUCCCGCAGUAAUGAGCCAUAAGCUCUCGCUUUUCCAGAACGCUCGCCCUGUAGCCCAGAAGAAACGGAGAAUGGGUGAGGAGAAGCGUAAGGCUGUGGAAGAGGAGGUGGAGAAGUUGAGGAGGGCCGGCUUCGUCCGGGCAGUCACCUACACCACAUGGCUAGCUAACGUGGUCAUGGUGAAGAAGGCCAACGGGAAGUGGCGCAUGUGCACUGAUUACACGGAUCUAAACAAAGCCUGCCCGAAGGAUUCACACCCCUUGCCCAGCAUUGACGCCCUGGUGGACGGCGCUUCCGGACACCGGCUACUAAGCUUCCUAGAUGCAUAUUCCGGGUAUAACCAGAUACCCAUGUACGGGCCGGACAUUGAAAAAACAGCAUUCAUUACGGAGAAGGCCAACUUCUGCUACGAAGUCAUGCCAUUCGGCCUGAAGAAUGCGGGAGCAACAUAUCAGCGCCUAAUGGAUAGAAUCUUCCGUGACCAGAUAGGCCGGUGCAUGGAUGUAUAUGUGGAUGACAUGGUUGUCCGGUCGGCAGACGGGGAGGGACACCUCAGGGACCUGGAGGAGGUAUUCCGCCAAGUAAGGAAAUUUGGCAUGCGCUUGAAUCCAGCAAAGUGUACAUUCGGGGUAGCGGCUGGAAAGUUCUUGGGCUUCAUGCUAACAUCCAGGGGGAUUGAGGCUAACCCGGACAAGUGUGACGCGGUAUUGCAGAUGCAGAGUCCGGCCACCCUUAAGGAAGUGCAGAGACUGGUCGGACGGCUCACGGCUUUGUCCCGGUUCAUCCCCAAGUUGGCGGAACGGAUGAGGCCGGUCCUACGUAAGUUGAAGAAAGGGCCCGGACCGUCUUGGGACGACGAGUGUGAGCGAGCGUUCCAGGACGUCAAAACCCUCCUUAGCAACCCACCUGUCAUGAACCGCCCGGUCCCAGGAGGAGAUUUACACAUCUUCUUAGGAGUGUCCGAAACGGCCGUCAGCGCUGUAUUGAUGCAGGAACGGCCUCAGGCGAGGCUAGUUUACUUCGUGAGCCGUACGCUCUUAGACGCGGAAACCCGGUAUCAACGGGUAGAGAAGGUGGCCCUGGCUUUGUUACAUGCUUCCCGAAGACUUCGCCCAUAUUUUCAAAGUUAUCAGGUCAUAGUCUGGACGGACUUCCCAAUCUCCAAGAUCCUCAGGAAACCAGACCUAGCCGGGCGGAUGGUAGCAUGGGCGGUAGAACUCUCAGAGUUCGGCUUGCGCUAUGAACCUAGGGGGUCGGUUAAAGGCCAACAUUUGGCAAAUUUCGCGGCCGAAUUACCCCCUUCCGGCCAAGAUGACUGGAACUUAUACGUGGAUGGGGCUUCCGGCCGAUCGAUCAGCGGGGCCGGCAUCGUCCUUGAAGGCCCCAAUGGAUUCCUACUUGAGCAUUCUUUGAUAUUCAAAUUCAAAGUAUCCAACAAUCAGGCCGAAUACGAAGCCCUUGUAGCUGGCCUCGAGUUGGCGAAGGACAUGGGGGCGAGGAGGAUAACCUGUCGGACGGACUCUGAGCUGGUGGUGGGCCAAAUGAAUGGCAACUUCCAAGUGAGAGAGGAACGCCUUUUGCGAUACUACCAGAGGGCGACCAAGCUCGCCAAGGCGUUCGACAAAGUCGAUAUACAACACAUUCCCAGGGAACAAAACACGAGGGCGGACAUACUGUCCAAACUCAGUUCGGGAAAGGAAAAGGGACAGUUGACUACCGUCGUACGACAGGUUCUACUACAGCCUUCCGUGGAAUGCUUAGCGGUAUCCAACGGAGGACAAGAUUGGCGCGCCGAAAUCCGGGAAAUCAUGAACCGACAGGAUGAGGGGCGGAUGGUAGGUCCGGGUGAAGCUAAGAAAGUCGCCCGUUAUCUUAUCGUGGGGGAUGACUUGUACAGAAGGGGAUUCUCCUCCCCUCUCCUUAAGUGCUUGGGGGCCGAAGAGGCCCACUAUGUCAUGGACGAACUUCAUAACGGCGUGUGUGGUCUCCACACGGGCUGGAGGACCUUGAAAGCCCGGCUACUGAGAGCCGGAUAUUAUUGGCCUACCAUGGAGGCGGAUACAAGAGGGUUCGUCCAGAAGUGCGUCCGCUGUCAGGAACACUCCAAUAAUUCCCACCUUCCGCCACAUGCCCUACAUUCAAUAUCAUCCCCUUGGCCAUUCGCCCAAUGGGGAAUGGACAUUGUAGGACCGUUCCCAGUAGGACAAGCUCAGAAAAAGUUCCUCCUGGUGGCGGUUGAUUACUUCACCAAGUGGGUAGAAGCCGAACCUUUGGCAACCAUCACGGCCGCCCAGGUCCAGAAGUUUUGUUGGAAGUUAAUAUGUCGCUUUGGCCUCCCUCAGUCCAUCAUCACAGAUAAUGGCCGGCAGUUUAUUGACAAAAAACUCGCCGAGUUCUUCAAAGGGCUGGGGAUCAAGCACAUCACCAGCUCGGUAGAGCACCCCCAAACGAACGGUCAAGCUGAAGCAAUGAACAAGACCAUAGUCUCAGAGCUUAAGCGGCGUUUGGGAGAAAAGAAGGGAGCAUGGGUGGACGAAUUACCCGAGGUCCUAUGGGCCUAUAGGUGCACACCUCAUGGAACCACAGGUGAAACCCCUUUCAACCUAACCUAUGGUACUGAUGCCAUGUUGCCGGUUGAGCUGGGUGAACCGUCGCUGAGGCGGGAGGUUGAAGAUCUGAACCUCAACGACCAAGAGUUGAGGAUCGAGUUAGACUCCCUAGACGAACGGCGAGACCGGGCGGCAUUGAGAGCCGAAGCGUGCAAACGAAUGGUCGAAAGAAAGUACAACUCCAAGGUCCGCCCGAGAAGCUUCCAAGAAGGAGACCUAGUAUGGAGGAAGGCAGGCGAUGCCCGCCGAAACCCGACACACGGGAAGCUCGCCGCCAAGUGGGAGGGGCCAUUCAAGAUACUGGAAGCCUUCGGAAACGGGGCCUACAGGCUGGAACGCAUGGACGGACGUCCCAUCACCAACACUUGGAACGCCACACAUUUGAAAUUUUAUUUUAGUUAA